AUGAAGCAACAAGAGAUGAACGUACAAAUUGGCUUGGAAAAGUUCUCCGGUCGGCAAAUGGAGUAUGCUACUUGGAAAGACAGGAUACCCACGCACGUGGCGAAGAUGGUCUUGGACGUCGAGAAUGAGCUCUUUGAAAAAGAUUUUUCGGACCCAACGUUGAGAGGGCCCUCACACAAAACGGGCAGAGACUUCACAAGUAGCGACGUGGAAGCUGUCAAGAUGCGUUUUCCCCGCAGCAUUCCAGCUAGUGUCGUCGUCGCGCUCGAAAGUGGUACACAAUUAAGAGUUUACGCCGGAUGUUACACUGUGGCACGCGAGGAGCGAUCCCGGUUGGUGGAUAUCCCUAUUGGUUACUGCAUUGUUUUUCGGGGCGAUCUUCUUCACGCUGGACAACUACAGAACGCAAAGGGAACCUACUCGUGUGAUCUGUGCCAAAAAUCGUUUGCAGUGAAAACUCUGUUUUCAUCUGUGGCUGCGUAUGGAGUGCGCCCUGCAUACCCCCAUGAUCGUGCCGGGAGAUACGGCUCUAAGAACGCAGAGGUCUGCCGUGAGAGCCCACACCGUAAUUACGCGAACAACACGAGCGUAUCGCUUCCACGUUCUUCACCAUAUGCCACCUACACACCAUUGAAGCAGUGUCAGCGACAACAACAGUUGUGGAAGCUGCAGCCCGGCGACGAUGUGCUGCAUGAACCCGGGCGUCACGAGAGGGCACGUGGUUGUGGUGUGAGCUUCGUGCCGUGUGAACGAUUUUCCAGGGGCCAGUCGGGUGCUGUUUGCUCGCUGCACGGAUACCAAUUCUCAUAG